AUGGGCGCUUUGGAUAAAGCCAUCUUGUUCUUCAAUGACAUGGAGAAGAAUGGAACGGAGCCAAAUUUGGUUACAUUCAAUACGCUUUUAACUGCACUCUACAGUAAGGGCCAGUUUUUAGACGGGGAAAGCAUGUGGGCUAGGAUGGAGAACAAGAACAUUGCUCCUGAUCUAAUAAGUUACAAUGCGAGGUUGCAAAGAAUGGUUCUAGAGAAGAGAAUUCAAGAUGGGAUUCAGUUGCUAGCUGAAAUGGAGGAGAAGGCAAUCAAGCCAAAUGUGGACAGUUACUAUAUUCUGAUUGAAGGCUUUUGUGAAGAUGGAGAUUUGGAGCAAGCCAAACAAUGGUAUUACAAAUUGAAGGACAACGAAGUUAAUCCAAAUGCAUCGAUCUACAGGACGCUUCUCCCCUUGUAUUGCGAGAAGGGUGAUUUUGAUUCUGGACUUCGACUGUGCAAGGAGUCCUUUGAUAAUGGAUUAGUUUUUCUUGCAGAGGAGGUGCAGCGUGUAGUUGAUGGAUUGAUUGAAGUUUCCAAGAUUGAAGAAGCUAAGGACCUUGUGGCGCUCUACAAUUCUCAUUCAAUUUUCAAAUUGAAAAUUCCUCAGAGCACUUGA